AUGGGCUUUCCUCCUGACGACUACGCGGUGGUGCCGACGCCGGUGGUGCUUUUCUUCCUCUUCCUCGCCUACGUCAAAUACGCUGUGUGGGUGCUCCUCCGCUACAUCGGGCUCCACGCCGCGGAGGAGCCGCUCGUCUCCCCCUGGGAGGAGCACGAGUUCUACUUCCCUGACGCCGCCGGUUCCUCGGCGCCACCGCCACUGCCGGAGCCUUCCUCCUUCAAGAAGCGGCUGAGAGUGGUGGAGUUCGCCUCCCUGCGGCAGCGGGGGUGCCACGUGGACGACGACCCGACGUGCGUUAUCUGCUUGGGCCAGCUGGAGGCGCGGCACAGGGUGAGGGAGCUCGGCAACUGCGGCCAUGGCUUCCACGUGGAGUGCAUUGAUAGGUGGGUGGACGGCGGCCAGGUGAGGUGCCCGCUGUGCCGAGCCAGCUUGCUGCCACCCGCCGCCGGCGCCGCCGUGGGGACGGACGGGAAGUGGCGAAGAUUCCUCCGCCGCGUUUGGUAG